CCCUAUGUUCUUAUUCUAUGAACGAAUGAAGAAAAAUGGUAAUUAUGAGCUGAAACUCCUGCAACCAUGAUAUAUGGUCGUUGCCUGCAACAAUUAUUUGCCAAGCGAGAGCAACAAUGUUGAGAAUUGUAACGUCUGUGCUUCUACAUGUUUCAAAAUCUCCACAUAUAUCAUUAUCGCAUUAUAGUGUAAACAAUUACCUGUCCACCGACUGCUCUAAACUUUUAAGUUUUGCGUCUUAUGUUUAUAAAUCAUGCGCGCGUAAUUUGAGAAUAAGGAAGAAUUUGAGCGAUGAAGCUAUUGGACUUGUUAACAGUGGAGUGAGAAAAAUAUCAACUCAAAGUGCUGCAUAUAGUACUGGGAUUGAAGAGAACACAAAAGUUGUUAAAGAUGUGUUGUUAUACAGAUAUGACCGACUUAAAUAUAUGCGUGCAUUGAGCCUUUUUGGGGUUAGUCAGUAUUUGUUUUGGACUUUCCUAGGGCAUACGACAUACACCACACUCAAAGAUGUGCCAGUAGAGGAGAAAAAUGAUAAUGACCCUUGGUGGAAAAAAAUCAACUUGGGUGAACAAAAGUAUAGACUGGGGAUUACCAUCCUCUGUUUGGUUGUGGGACAUGGUCUUUUGGCAUCAACUUGGCUGUACUCAUUAAAAUCUAUACGCUACUUGGUCCUGCGUAAAGGUGGCAAUAAUGUUUCCAUAGUGACCUACACUCCAGUUGGCCAAACUAGAACAAUAACUACAGAUUUGAAUAAGGUGAGCUGCACAGAGAGUCGGCUGAGUGCUCGGGUGCACCUGCCAGUGAAGGUGAAGGGCUACUCGUUGUACUUCAUGCUGGACAAGGACGGGGAGUUCUUCAACCCUCAGCUGUUUGACCGCACGGUUGGGAUGAGGCGGCAACUUAAUUAGUGGCGUGUGUGCAUGUGUGUGCAGAAUCAUAGUGGGUAAAUAAAGUUUAAUUUCUCACAAAGAAAA